CGUCGGCGGUGACGCGCGGCACGCAGCCGAGCCCAGCGGCCGGGCUGAGGUGGCCGGCUCCCGGGCUCCAGGGCUCCGAGCUGGCGGCGGCUCGGGCGGGAGAAGCCGGGCCGGCUUGGGUCGGGCCGGGGCGUCCGUCCCUCCCCGCGGCCAGCCUGGCCAUGCAGGGCCCCGCCGGCAACGCGAGCCGCGCAAUGACGGGCGGGCCGCCCCCCACGGCCUCGGCCGGCGCCGGCGAGCGGGGCUGCGAGAACGGCGCCUUCAUGGACAGCUUCGGCAUCUUCCUGCAGGGGCUGCUCGGAGUUGUGGCCUUCAGCACCUUAAUGCUCAAGCGCUUCAGAGAACCAAAGCAUGAAAGGCGUCCAUGGAGAAUAUGGUUUCUAGACACUUCAAAACAAGCCAUAGGAAUGUUGUUCAUCCACUUUGCAAAUGUCUAUUUAUCAGAUCUUACUGAAGAGGACCCUUGUUCACUGUAUCUUAUCAACUUCCUCCUCGAUGCCACCUUGGGGAUGCUGCUUAUCUAUGCAGGCGUGCGAGCUGUCAGUGUUCUGGUGGAGUGGCAACAAUGGGAGUCUCUUCGGUUUGGCGAAUAUGGAGACCCACUGCAGUGUGGUGCCUGGGUUGGGCAAUGUGCUCUGUACAUUGUGAUCAUGAUGUUUGAGAAAACCAUCAUCAUCAUCGUCCUCCUCAUACCUCAGUGGAAAAAGGUUGCCCUUUUGAAUCCUAUUGAGAAUCCUCAACUGGAGCUGGCCAUCGUCAUGCUGAUAGUCCCGUUCUUUGUCAAUGCGCUGAUGUUUUGGGUUGUGGAUAAUUUUCUUAUGAAAAAGGGAAAGACAAAAGCCAAGCUAGAAGAAAAAGAAGCCAGCUUGGACUCAAGAAAUGGAAGCAAAGUCCGGUACAGGCGGGCUGCGUCCCACGAAGAGUCAGAGUCUGAAAUUCUGAUGUCUGCGGAUGACGAGAUGGAAGAGUCAGAUGCCGACGAGGACCUCCGAAGAUUGACCACCUUGAAGCCUGUGAAAAAGAAGAAGCACCGAUUUGGGCUGCCCGAAGCUCCCAUCAAGAAGAAACGGCCCCCCAUGAAGGAAGAGGACCUGAAGGGAGCCCGAUCCACUCUCACUAAAAAUCAAGAAAUCAAAUCCAAGACAUACCAAGUCAUGCGAGAAUGUGAGGAAGCUGGCUCAACUGCCCCAUCUGUGUUCAGCCGCAGUCGGACUGGAGGAGAGACCGUCUUUGAGAAGCCCAAGGCUGGGCCCCCCAAGAGUGUCUUUGGCUAAGGAACUCUGCUGCUUCUGGCCCUGCUCAUCUCCACCCCACUUCCCAUAUGAACCCUAGCACCUGUCCUGACAUGGACAGCAAAGCAGACACCUUUUUUUUUUUUUUUUUUAAGUUUUCUUUUUUUAAAAUACACAAAAUGUUCACUACUUUUUUUCCUUGAAGUACAAGGUUCAGGAUCCAGGGUCUUAGUCUCCUUCUACUUCCCUUGAUUCCCCAGAAUGGAUCCCACAGACAUAAGGAUUUGUGAAAAUCUUUGAAUCAUCAAUAAAUCAAAGUAACCAGAGGUGUUUGGGACACUGUUCUCUCCUGCUCUUGGUCCAGACCCAGAUUGUGGUCCAAGGACCAGGAUAGGAGGGGAGGACGUUUCAAACAUGGGUAGGCCUUUCAACAGGGAAAUCUGGCUGCUGUUUGGCCCCAGCCUAGCCCCUUCCUCCUUUCCUCCCUCCAAAUCAUCAUCUUUCUCCUCCAGAAGGUAUUUCUGAAUCCCCUGCCCUACACAGGGCUCAGGUCACACUGAGGAAGGUCGCACAGAGAAAAGGACACAAGCCCUUCCAAGCAGCUCCAGUCUGGCUACAAAGAGCAGGCCCACAUCUGACAGCAUAAUAAAGCAUCACUUGGUGUGUGAGAUUCUUGGUAUAGAGAGUGAGAGCAUUUAGAUCUUAAAAGAGGGAGGGAUCCAUGGGUUGAGAGAUUAAAGAAGUCUCAUGGGCAAGUUUGAGUGGGUCUAGAGGUAGCAAAGGUUAGGGUUGGGGGGGCGGGGACAAGGAACAGAGUAAGGAAAAGUGUGGGAGUUUGAAUAAGCCUGCAAUGUGGAGGGAACAAUGAGGACAUUGGGCUGGCUGGACUGAAGGCUUUUGUGUAGGGGAAUCAAGAAAUGAAUUGUCCCACCAAUUACCGGGAUCAAAUGAGAUCAUAUUUGUAAAGCAUUUUGUGAACCUUAAAAUAUGAAAUGCUAAUUACUAUUGAUUACUAUCUGCUUCUGAACUAGAUUUUUUAUCUCUUUCUCUCCCUGGACCUAAUUUUUCUUAUCUAUCAAAUGAGGAAGUUGGACCAGAGCAGAGGUUCUUUUUGGAGGGGAGAGGGGAGGUAAUUGGGGUUAAGUUUCUUGUCAGAGUCACUUAACUAGUGUCUGAAGUAAGAUUUGAAUUCAGGUCCUCCUGGUUCUAGGGCCGCUGUUCUAUCUAUUGUACCCCUACAUCUACAUUAGAAAAGACAUUCUUAACCAUUUUGUUAGCCUGUGGAUCCCUUUGGCACUCUGGUGAAGUCUACAGACUCAGAAUGACCAUCCUCCCACACUCUCAUGUUCAUAAGCUCGCCACUCUCCCUGGUUCCAUCCAGUUUUCCUCACCCUUUCUCCAUCCAAUCCACUGCCAAUUUUUGUAGUUUCUACCUCACCAAGAUCUCUCACAUCCAUCUUCUUUUCUUCACUCCCCCCAUUUAUUAUCACCCCAUGCAAGCUCAUCAUUAAUCUGGAUGCUGUUAAAUUAUGAAUUAAGCUAUUAAAUUAAUGUGAUAAAAAUAGAUAUUUGAAAACAUUUUAUGUUCAGUAUUUGCUGAGGUACAUUUUGUUUUAAAAUAGAUAAUGGUAAUGAUGAUGAUGAAUUUAUUGUUUGGGGUAAACAGUUGCACAGACCCUUUAGUGUAUCUUUAUCUGUAAGGUUCUUUGAGACUUUAUAUUGAGGCUGGAUUUCAAGGUCUUUUUGUCCCACUGACCACAUGUUGCAAAAUUCUAAAAUUUUUAAGUUUGAGAACCUGGGACAAAGAAAAUGAGAUCUCCUCUCACAACUUGUCAAAGGGAGAAGAAUUUUUAAGUUUGCUAUAAUGAAGAAUGAAGUUUCUUUUGACAGUGUUUGACUAUCACUUAUAAAAAUUGUGAAAAUAUAUAUGCUGUCUUAAAAAUGUAACUUUAGUAUAUUAAUAUGAGUCAACUAUCAGGACUAUAUGUCCAAAAGCCCAGAAUGUGGUUAGCUUUAAUUUAUAAGCAAAUAAUAAAUAAAAUAUAACUGUUAGGGAAACAUGAGAAAAUUAAUAAUAUUUAAGUCCUAAGCUGUGGUGAGUGAGAUUUUGCUUUUUGAGGUAAAAACUUUUGAGAAUAUAAUUUAAUAUUAUUUCAAAUUUCAA